ACUUAUUCCCCACCUCCUUGCUCCCGCACCGUCUCCUCGCGUUCCUUGGUCGCACCUCGCUGCUUUGCAGUCCCUCUCUCUUAAAUACCACCCUCUCUUGGCUCACCUUCAGCCGUCACUCCCUUCAAACCCAAGGACCUGUCUUUUCACUUAGCAUCAAUCGCAAUGUUCAAGCUCAUCGCCUCUGCUUCCGUCGCACUCGUUGCCGCAUCCAGCGUUGCUGGUUACGUUGUUCCCCGCAAGGAGCCUCCUCCUGGAUGGGCAACUGACUACCUCGAGCCUUACCAGACGUACCACACCCGGUACCUUGCUCUUGGCUGCCAGAACCAGCACGGUCAGCCCUUCUUCGACCAGUGCUGCCAUCCUCUCCUUGCUACCGAGAGCUUGUCCUCUCGCCCGGCACAGUGCACCCCGUCGGCGUCUGCUUCCGCCUCUGCCAGCGCUGCUGAGCCCACCUCCACUGACGACGGAGAUGAUGAUGACUGCGACGAUGAGGAGUCCUCAUCCGCUGCUGCCCCCUCGUCCACUGAGGCUCCCUCAUCCACUGAGGCUCCCGCUUCUACCUCUGCUCCCGCUGCAUCAGCUACUCCUGCGCCUGUGAACGUUGCGCCUGCCCCCGACACUUCAUCCUCCUCUUCUACUCCUGCUCCUACUACGUCGGAGGUGCCGUCUUCUACCCCAGAGCCCUCGCCGACGUCCUCAGCUGCUCCUGCUCCAAGCCCGAGCUCUCCUGCUUCCUCCGGCGGUGAUCUCAUCAGCGGUGGAUUUGCCACAUUCUUCUACCAGAACGGUGUUGCAGGUGCUUGUGGCACUGUUCACUCGGACAACGACUUGAUCGCAGCUAUCGACCAGGACCGCUAUGGCAACGCCAGCGGCCAAUCUUCCCUCUGCGGCAAGCAGGUUCUGAUCACCAACCCUGCUAACGGCAAGUCCGUCACUGUCACCAUUGCUGAUGACUGCCCCACCUGCACGAAUUCGAACUCCAUCGAUUUGUCUUACGGCGCUUUCACUUCGAUCGCCACGGAGGCUGAGGGAAUGGUUGCAAUUGAGUGGAAGUUCCUCUAAACCCCCAUCGGACUCGCUUUUCUCUUCUUGCAAUGCAUUGAUUUGCUGUUCUUUGUUUGUUGAUAUGGGGCCGGGCUCCGUCCGGGAUGUCUGGUGGCGUCGAAGCAACGGCAGUGAAGAUCAUCUGACGAGAUUAACGACCCUGGUGGCGGGAAACUCCUCUACGUGAUUAAUAUCCUCGCCCGCUGUGUUUACGCCCUGUACGAUGUCCUUUUUAGUCUUCUGCACCGCGUUAGUGUUGUUUUUUCUUGGGCUCAUUGGCAGUUCUUUUUUUCUAUGUAUAUUGCGUGCAUUUUAGUCCCCUGGUGUAGCUAGCUAAACUUGACGGACUCUGGCAAUGCGAUUAUGCGCAAGAGGAAUGUAUAUAAUCUGCGUGAUUGCGGUGACGCAUUGAAGUUGACUGUAUGGCAAUCCUGAUCAUGAC